AAUUUCCAAACUUAUGAACAUGCAUAAAAAACCCUAUAAGAAAGGGACUUGUUCAAUAACUAGAAGCAAGUUUCCGAGAAGAUGGAGCUCAAGUUACAAGUAGUUGUGGUGGCCUUUUUCGUACACGUCGCGCUCUCCCAAGGUACAAUUCCCAAGCAAGGAUGUGUAAUUAAGUCCAAUUUUAAUCUCUUUCCACAUUAAUCACAAUUGAGGUAUCAUUUAAGAGGACUUGAUUAUUUCCUUCUUUCUAUUCCACAUCGUACUAAUUUUUUUCUCUCUCCAGAGUGCGGCAAACGACACUUUCUCUCUCGAGUUGUGGGUGGGGAGGAUGCACCAAAGCAUUCAUGGCCUUGGCAAGUGUCACUUCGACUCCCAGGCCGCGAAGGAAAUCCGGUGCACAUAUGUGGCGGCUCCUUGAUCGGGGACGAAUGGGUGGUGACGGCGGCACAUUGUGUGGUGGACCGAUGUGACAGACCUGGGAAUCCUUCUCUGUUCACCGUUGUUCUCGGUAAGAAAACAAGCUUGUAAAGCAACCCUUUUCAGGAAGCUGCGGUGAAUCGAUCGGUACAAAAUAUUUUCAGUCCCUCAGAAAGUCAAGCUAAAUGAUUGAGUCCCCCGAGCUGGCGAAGCAUCAAUUCUGGAAUCUUAACAUUAAGAAAUAUGUGGUCGCAUGAAACAAUAAAAAUAAACUAAUAUCGAGAUCCUUCGGAAAGCACUCUAACAUUCUGCCACCAAACACUUCAUCGGAUUAGGAAAAAGUCUUGCUCACAAUAUAUGACUAAUUGACCAAGGUAACAAAAGCUACGAAGACGCGAAAACUAAGCUAAGAAAACUAAAGCCACAAAAAAAGACGACUUCGUGAUAACUCGUUCACAACUAAUUGUGUUCGUCUUUCUAAGGCGCCACAACUAGUCUUUCAACAUAAUGCUUGGGUGUUUUCGUGGAAAUGUUUAAGAGAAAAAGGAUUAAAGCAUAGCAGAGGGUAUAAGAGCGAAAAAACGUAUAAGAGCUUGGUUUGGAAGUACGAUUGCAGGACGAAAAAUCCACUUUCCACGAUCGUUGGACCAAGGACACAUUCAGAGUUCUUGAUAAGCCUUAACAACUUCAACAGAAUCAUUGUGAAAUUUAAAAAUUUUUCAGGUGCACACGAACGUCUCGGCACAACGGAUGUACAGCAGUCAAUUCAAGUAAAGGCACUCUAUCCUCACGAGGGCUUCAGUAUGCAACACUUAAAGAAUGACAUCGCCCUUUUACACCUAAGCACAAAGGCCCAGCUGAGCGAUAAAGUCAACCUCGUUUGCCUUCCUGACCAAGGAUCUCGAAUUUCUGCCGGCCAUCCUUGUUACAUAACAGGUAUGACCAGUUAACAAUGCAAGGUGUGACGUUGAUCUGUUACAAUUCUUUUUUCUGAUAUUCUAAUUCUUUUUAUUUAGGUUGGGGUCGGACCGAAGGUGGAGGCAACGUCGCAGACAUCUUGCAACAAAGGGUACUUCCCGUACAGAGCCACGAAAAUUGUUCCAAAGUAAACGACGAUUUGGGACCAAUAGACGAAACAUCCAUGAUCUGUGGAGGAAGUGGUAAAGCAAAUCAGACAGGUGGUUGCCAAGGUGAUAGCGGUGGACCAUACGUAUGCGCGGAAUAUGGCAAAUGGGUUUUGCGCGGUGCAGUGAGCUGGGGUCAUGGCUUGUGCAAGACAGAAUACUUUACUGUCUUUGCAAGAAUAAGCUCUUUCAGGGAUUGGAUUGACGCGAAGAUUGAGGGUAAGGGAAUGUCCUUACCGAUAAAAAAACUCAUUAUGUAUGAUAUAUUAACUCAGAUAAAAUAAUGAUUUCCUUAACACGCUGUAGAUUAUGAAAGUUUCUACAAAGGCUCCUUAUAGAAAUCUAACACAGGUACUUCGGAAAUUUUACAAACAAACCAAUUGAUUUUAUUUAUUUUUCCGUCAAACUAAACAAUGAGCAUUUUACAUUCUUUAUUUCCCAUAUGCUGUUUUAACAGUUAAAGCUGUGAUCAUGGGCUUUUAAACAGUAUAAAUUCAAGCUGAUUUUAGCCCCAUUUCCAUUGAGAAAUUUGUUUUAUUUAACUGUUUAUCAGGCUUUGAUCAAAUACUAAUUUAACGAUGUUUAAAAUAGCUUUCCGAUCGACAUAUGAUUUUCUGCGACGAAAUUCAUCAUUUUCGCAGUGUAUUUGAGAUGUGUACUAAAUAAUCCACUCUUCUUUAGCUUAAAUGAUAUCUUUGUUUAUGGACUGUUUUAUUUCUUCUUGUAUAAAAAGAGAUUUUGCGAGACAGAUGGUAGCAUAAUGUUUAGGUGAAAUAUUCACAGGAUAUGAAAACCAAUUAAGGUUUUCGAGUUUAUCCAAAUGCCAGGUCGUCUCUGUUAAUUACACCCCUCUGAUUGGCUGUGUCACAUAGGUUGGAUUUUUGAGCAACAAAACUUGCUACUUCUCCAGAUAUCCAUUCCAUAUAUAACAAAGUUAAUCAUCUUUAUCUCUUAAUUUCCUUUUCCUUUUUUCGUCGAUCAAUCUAGGUGAUGGAAUAGGGUCCGGUGAGUCAAUUUGUUCAGACUUACUGAUUCAAUUUGUUAAAAAAUAUAACAAAGUUCUUGACUGGGCUUCCUUUUUGCUGUUUUCCAGGUAUGGAGUGAAUAAAGGUGUCCGUCGUGUAUCUCAACAAACCUAACAGAAAGGCAAAGACCAGUGAUUUUAGUUGAUGUGGUUAAAGGGAAAAUAAAUUUGAGAAGGGUAUUGAAAGUGCAGUUCGAUUCGUUAUUUGUUAAAAAUACGUGGUUUCCUCAAUUUGAUUUUUCCUGUACGUUGGUAAAGUUUUUCAGAGUCCUUGAGCCAUACGUAGCAAGAAACUCGAAGCCUGCAGCCGAAAAUUGCUUGCCAUAAGUUUCUUACAAUUUCCCGGCUCCGACAAUUUGGUGUAUUAAAUCAAAACAAUAUUCCCCGAUUGAUAACUUCCUUUCUCCUCAUCACCUGUUUGCCCAAAAAUGCACGGAUAUUUUAAUUCGAAAUUUCUCUUUGCUCAUUUUUGAGAAUGGGUUGAUCCUCGAAUCGGAUAUACAGUCAGCAUAAACGCCCUGCCACCUCUAUCGAACCAAACAAGUUAAGGGAGCACAGAUUCUUACCCGAAGGUUUCCAUAGUGAUAUUUUGUGACACCUUGCAUUGUUCCUUGUAACAAAAUGAAACGUGCAUUCAUUAUAGUCCCAAAACUAGGUUAAACCCAGCGUGUCUUCUGCCUUCGUAAAAUAAUCAAAAUUUCCUAGCCUAGCUUAAUUAGCCUAAAGUGCCUAUAUACGGUUUUACUCGGAAAAUCUUCUGAAACAACCAUCCGUUCUAAAGAUUUCAGUCCUGGCUUUCCUGCCAUUUAAUGUGAAGUUAAACAUGCUUAAAAUCCACCUACAGCAACAACGAGAAUAAACAAUAAAUGACCACCAUUCUUUUUUGUGCAUAUAAACAAACGCUUGUUUAGAGGCUACUUGAAACCAUCAACGGCUCAGACUAAUCGGUUAAUGCAAGUUUUUUUGAGAGCUAAAAAACAGUGCCGGUUAAAGAAUAACGAAAAGUCAAUAUUUCAUGACAUUUUAAAUAUUUGGCCUCGAUAAUCUUCCCCAUGUUUUGACAAUAAGAACAUUGAAAACUGCUAUUUCAAGAAUUUUCUUCAGAUUCGCAGUGGUAACGGUCGACGAUGAGAGAAUAUUUGAGUGAACAUAAAUAUUAGUAAAAUUUAACCAGAAAAAAAAAACACUGUUUGAACUAGACGUGAUGCAUUGACCUUCGGUUAGGAAUACAUAAAAUACCAGCCGCCUCAAAUAUGACAGUCUUAAGGAGCACAAACCAUCAUUCAGAGUGCUUGCGUGACCGCGUGUGCAUACAACAUUGCUAGUACUGUGUGUUGGUUUUGUGUUGCUCAAUAAAGCGAAAGUGCCACAAUUGUCCUUGAAUUAGGUUCCACAUAAAGUGUCUUCCGUUGCAUCCGACCACUUGUAAGUUUUUUAGGCCUGGCGCGACUUCCUGGCCAUUUCACGUGAAAUAAUACUGUCUUAAAAAAAAAACUUCAAUACAAAUCAUGAGAAUUGUCAAUUCUUGGCUUUGUGCCCUUUUAUGCAUGUAAACAUCAUUGUAAACUUCUGACUAGAGGCCAUUUUAAACCAUCGUUGUCUUUUGCUAAUCAUGAUGCAAACAUUUCAAGGAAAUAGGAACAAAGGUAAAGUGAAGUAUUUAUGAAAUAUAAUGUCAUGACAUAUCUGAAAGUGAUUUCAAUAAAACAAGAAUAUGGAAUGUUGGUGAAGAAAAAUUCUUCAGAUUCGCUGCGGUAGUGUUAAACGAUAAAGUGGUAAACCUUAAUUGCACUGAAAGAAAUUUUCAAGACUAGUAAACAUCACAAAGUAACCAACACUUAAUGCGUUAACCUUGACUCAAGUAUACAGACAACAAGCACGUACGGCUGAUUUGACCUAGACAACUUAAAAGAGGACAGUCCAUUACUGAAAGUGCUUUUAUAAUUUGUUAUGAUGUUUGGACACCUUGCGAUUACAACACGACUGAACAUAUAUAUAUAUAUAUAUAUAUAAACCCUCCAUGCAAGGGACUUUUCUCACAGCCAGAAGAAACUUUCCAAAAAGAUGAAGCUUUAUUUACAAGUGGUUGUGGUGGCUAUUUCCUAAAACUGGUACUUUCCCAAGGUACAAUAUUUAAGUAAAAAGGGUUAAGUUCAAUCUAAACCUCUUCGCACGGUUCACAUUUUCUAGUUAGGUUCCAUAUAUAGUAGACUUUGUAACAGUUUACGCAUUUCCGUGUGCUCUUUAUAUAGUCAAUUUACAUCUCUCCAGACUGCGGCAAACGACGCUUUCUCUCUCGAGUUGUUGGUGGCGAGGAUGCACCGAAGCAGUCGUGGCCCUGGCAGGUGUCGCUGCGAGUUCUCAAUCAAUUUGGAGACCUGGUGCACACCUGUGGCGGUUCCUUGAUCACAGACGAACGGGUUGUGACGGUAGCGCAGUGUGUGGUGGACCAGGAUGAUAUUCCACGGGAUCCUUCUUUUUAUACCGUUAUUGUCGGUAAGAAUAAGUACAUAUUCAUCAUCGAGUGAGUUGGUACCAAUAUUUUUUUAAAUUUCAGGACGCUUGUAUUAAUCACGCAUGGCUUAAGAGCGAAAACUUGCCAAAAACCUUUUGAAGACUGAACGAGUUCAAGAGUAAAAGAGUAUACAAUGUAAUAUUUGUCUCUCUUGCCUUCUCUGCACUUAAAUUGGUGUAAUGCUGAAACCUUUCCAGGUGCACACGAGCGUCUUGGCACAACGGAUGUACAGCAGACAAUUAAACUGAGAGCACUCUUUGCCCACGAGGACUUCAGUUUGCAACACCUUAGAAAAUGACGUCGCCCUUCUACACCUUAGCAAACCGGCCAAAUUGAGCGACAAAGUCAGCUCCGUUUACCUUCCUGCCAAAGGAUCUCGAAUUUCAGCCCGCCACCGAUGCUACAUGACAGGUAGCAUUAAUAUUGAUUAAUAUUAAUAAUUAAUAUUAAGAAAAGCAAAGGGGUGAGGGGAGGAAGGGGAUAACAUUAAGUAGCUUGUAAAAUUUUCUAAUCUCUAUCUCUCUCUCUAUCUCUCUCUCUCCCUCUAAUCGCUCUGACGAAGGGCUAACGCUCGAAAGGUCAGCUUUUUUACCCUUUACGGUGGCUAAUUUACGUUUUCAACCCAGUUGUUAACACUAAAUUACCUGCUAUACUCUCCCACCGACGCAGCACCACAGUUUCUUUAGAAACUUACCCCUUUAUUUAAAAUUUUCUACCUAAAUUCUUUAACUCAGGAUGGGGUCGGACUGAAGGUGGAGGCGACGUCGCAGACAUCUUGCAACAAGCGAUGCUUCCCGCACAGAGUCACAGGCGAUGUUCCAAAAAGUGGGGCAAAGUAGGGGCACCAAUUGACAAAACAUCCAUGAUCUGUGCAGGAAGUGGUAAACCAAACAAGGCAGGUGGUUGUCAAGGUGAUAGCAGUGGACCAUACGUAUGCGAAGAAAAUGGCAGAUGGGUUUUACGCGGUGCUGUUAGCUGGGGUAGUCUUCAAUGCGAGUUUCCAUCUGAAUAAUUUCACCUGGAACAUUGCGUAUCAAUUCCGCCAGAGCAUUUAGCGAAGUAAACAAGAAAUUUUGUAGCACAUUAAAUUUUGAAGGGUCUAGUGUUUCACAGAGACACUCGAAAUGAUUUUAAAGCUUGCAAAACAUAAAGUUGUUGUUUAAUUGCACAGCUGACGUCCGACUGAUUUCUUUUGUGGAUCAAAGCCUGUUCCCCACCUCCACCUUUAAACUGUCACCCUUUCCACUAUAAUUAUGCAAGUUCUUCACUGAAACUGUUCUCUAUACAUUUCCCGUGGAUCUUAUAAGGAGAAAGUAACGAACAAUCAAGAGCUUUUUGAGUUUGUGAUUAUAUUCUUUAUUCUCUUGUCUUUAGUCUUUGAUUAAGGGGUGAAACUAAAUUGUUGUCAAUCGUAGGGGCUCAAGUGUACACUGAGAAGACUAUGAGUGGUCCUUCUUAAAGUUGAUAGCGCCGUAAGGGGUAGAAAGUAUCGUGGUCAAAAACAUCUUCCCUUAUCUUAUUGUUUCAACAUCGUUAAUGUAAAGGACGUCGAUAGUGGCUCACAUGGAUAACAAGUUUGUUUUAUAAUGUAAAACCAGUUAUUUUAUCCUCUAUUAGAUUUUAUCUCUGUAUAGAUCGUCCAAAAAAAAUCGGUAGCUUGUCAAAGUUUUAAACCUAAGACUUACUGACAACUAUACAAAUUGCUUCAUCAGAAAAUGAAGCGAUUACGUUUUCCUAGCUUGCGUGAACAGCAUUUAAGGACAUGAUCACAAAGGAUGUCUUUAUUGUUGCUACAUGAAGAUAAUUACUGUUUACAGAACCAAGCAAACAGUUGACAAACUUUCAAAAAGAUAUUUACAUUUGGCUAUAUUAGAUAUUUUUAGGACAUCGAGAGUGAGUCUAGCAGUUUUUGGCAAGUUCCCUGUAUCAUAUAAUUGUUAAAUUGCUAUAAGUCAUUCCCAUUUUCAUUGUACGAGGAAAUAGUCGUCAAUGCGUACAUGAGCAUUCUUACAAAACUAUGGCAUCUGUAAAAAAAAUUCUUGAAUGUAAUCAAUAUGGUUGCUUUAUCGAUAGAUAAGUUUUUUUCCCUAGGAUCUUGCCUUUGAACGUAAUACGAAGACAAAAAUUAAGGAACUUGUUGGAGCGGACUUACUAGGGAAAUAUAAUGUGACUAGUCGCUUUCUGUCAUAACUGAUGCUUAACUAAUGCUUAACUGAAGUUAUUGACAGUAUUGUACUCUGAGAUGUGUUCCAGGUUGAUCUGAGAUCUGUGUGUCGCAUUUUCAAAAACCAAAUUAACACUGCGGAUGGAUGCAGCUUUGUUUCAACGCAUAUGAUUAACACUAGUGUGUCAUCAGUCGUGGGAUUUAUUAAAAAAUAACCAUUUCAUAUCGUUUUUAUUAACAAUCAAUAAAGCUGCAGUUUAAAAGGGUAAUUGCAGGGCGAUUGUUUCUUAAAAGGGCAAUUCCAGAGAAAAAAGCGGUGAAUAAAAAAGACAACUUUUUUUAAAAUGACAAUGCACAAUAAAGAGGAGCCGAUGCUAUACAUCUGUCAGCUGAAAAAAUUGCCUUUUUAUAAAUGUAACGGCGUCUUGUCUUCCCUCACUUCCUACCUUGGAUAGGAUACCACUAUCAUGUUGUCUGUUUUUAUCGCUGUUGUAGCUCUUUGUAUUCCUGCCCUUUCUGAAGGUACGAAACACUUCAUAAAUUUUUCAUUUUUCAAUUCCCCAUCCUUUUCAUUUUAGAAAGGUCAUACAUACUAAAGCAAAGUAUAACGCAACAUUAAUUUACGAAUAGCAUGGUAGAACUAAGAGUGUCUUUUUUGCCCAUUCUUGAGAACAAGUACAUGUACUAAUAUGUAACCAUAUCAAUAUCUCUGUUUCAAGAUCACAGGAAGCUCCCCACUUUUCUGCAUAAAAGAAAAAAAAAAACAAAAAACAGAACAAUGCAAUUCAUUUUUCUCUCGAUCCUCGUGAAAGAUCCAAAUCCGCAUAUCUCUUCAUGAUCAGUGACUGGUGCCUUCUUUAUCUUUGGGAUAACUUUGAUUUGGAUCCAUAAGAACGUGAAAACCAUGUACGGUAAUCUGGGGUUUUGUGUUUUCAUUUGUCUGUUAGCUCCAUAAUCUCGCAUGUAUUGAUGAAUUUCAGGGUGCGGUUCUCGUCCGCCUGGUGCCCGUGUGGUUAACGGGGAUGAUGCUGCGCCGCAUUCGUGGCCUUGGCAGAUCUCUCUCAGGGUGAAUGGACGACACAUUUGCGGAGGAUCUCUGAUCAAGCCUGGUUGGGUUGUAACUGCUGCUCACUGCGUAGAAAGGAACCCAGAUCCUAGCGGGUACACAGUGGUCGUUGGUAAGUGCACAUGUUGAAUAAUCGGAGGUAGCAUUGCCAGGUCUCUCGAAAUGCGAAAAUGUUACCUCAUUCUCAAUUGCUGAAACACAUUUUGCAACACGAUUUCUUGAAUCUUUCACUCAUGGAGUAUAAUUUUAUCACUUACGCUUCUGAGAGACCGUUCAUUGUACAUCGUCUGGGGAUGUGGGGUGGGGAGGCUGGAGGAUUCUGGUUAUGAAACGGCAACGUUAACCUGAUCCCCCAAUAUUCUUAUCAUCCCCCUCCCCCCCCUCAUUGCCAUUUAAUUAUCCGAAGUCCUGCCUUUAUUGCCUGUUAUUCUCUGCCUGCGAAGACUAAUCAUCCCUCCUUUUCCCCUGAAAACUAUGUGAUCUCCCAAAAUCCUCCCCUUCCCCUCCAACGAUGACGAACGGUCACUAAGUUUUCUCACUAUGUAGGGGCCCACAUCAGAACUGGGACUACAGCUGUACAACAAACAUUCAAUUUGAAAAAGCUUUUCAAACACGAAGGAUUCUCAAUGAGCCAUCUAAGGAAAGACAUUGCCCUGCUGCAACUGGAUGGCGAAGUUCAACUCAGUGAUAAAGUCAACACGGUUUGUUUGCCACCUAAAGGAAGUAGAAUUCCACCAGGAACUGAGUGUUUCAUCACUGGUAAGUUUGCUUACAGGCUCGAAAAAAUCAUAUUUUGUGGUAAUUGCAUUUGUCAACUUUAUUUUUGUGAAUUUAGUAUCUAGAAUUUAGUAUUUACACUAAUGAUAAAAUAUUUCUCGUUUUCUUCUAUGAGGAGAGGCAGACUCUGAUCUUUUUGAUCGAGUCAAAACGUUUUGCAUCUAUUCCGUUUUCAUGACAAUACCGUUGCACCUUGGAUUUCUGAAAAUUCCAGAUGUAAGAACAUUUUUGGAGGAGAAGGCGGAGGGAAUCCUAAAAUCUCCAAGUGUUUCAAAACAUCGAUGGCCGGUGAAGCUAAGAAGGAUCAAAGAAUUGGGAUGAUUUGAAAGUUGAUUUUCCACGCUAACAUCAAAUAGAACUUAGUAGACACGGGACAGUUUUAGUAUGUUUUUAAGUUUCCCGAAAAUUCAGUCCGCAAUAGAGAGCUAGCUGCUUCAAGAUCUUAUUAUCUUUACUACCAGGAUGGGGAAGGAUCAUCGGAGGUGGCCCAGCCGCAAACGCCCUACAGCAAGCAAAACUUCCAGUUGUAGAUCACAACACGUGCAGCAGAACGAACGGUCAACUCGCUCCGGUCGAGGAAUCGAGUAUGCUCUGUGCAGGAAGUGGACAAGCAAACCAGGCAGGUGGUUGCCAAGGAGAUAGUGGAGGUCCUUUUGUUUGUAAAGAAAAUGAUGGAUGGGUUUUACGAGGCGCAGUCAGCUGGGGAAAUGGAAUGUGCAGGACUGAAUUCUACACUGUGUUUGCCCGUGUCAGCAGUUUCAUUGACUGGCUAAAUCAGAAAAUGUCUGGUAGUGGGGGCAGUGGUGGCAGUGGUGGCAGUGGUGGCAGCGGAGGUGGUAAGCAUGUCUCCUUCUUAUAUUUAUGAUACGGAAAUCAAUUGUGAUGGUUGCUCCGGACUUCCUGUUUUUCUUCCCCUGUGGGCCAGUUACUAACAAAAACUAUCCUCCAGCUUAGACAUGUGCACAGCAGUCUAAGUGACUUUUAAAAACCGGAAAUAUUGCAAUACUGAUGAGGCCUAAUCAAAAGUUAAAGCAGUUACCGCUGACUGUUCGGGUAAUGUUGUUCCCAAACGCGUAAAAGCUAGAACAUACCAAUUUUUUCUCGUCUAAUUUGGCUUUUUCUUUUUUUGUUUGUCUGUUUUGUUUUGGUUUCUUUUUUUUAAUGAUUCGUUGUUUUACUGUUGUUUUGCUGUUGGUUUUGGUACGUUUACUUCUGAAGGGAAGGUGCUGCAUGAUUCUUUUAUCUUCUAUAUCUGAUUCAAAAUGGAUACGAAGUCCAUCAACCUAAUAGUUUACUUCAUGCCCAUUCAAAGAAAAAAUAAACAGAAUUCUAAUCCUAUAUUUUCAGCAUGUACAGAUGGCCACAGAAACUGCCCGUACCUAAAACAGUACUGUAACACCCAUCCGUACGUCAAGCAAAUAUGCAAAAAGUCAUGCGGACUAUGUAAGUUAUUUAAUAUAUGUGCAUUACAUUUAUGGGUGUAAAUGCAAUACUGUCAUUAGUAAUGAAGCUUUCAAACCACUAUUCUGGAUUAAAUCAUCUUAAUAAUCCUCUUCAAGAGAUCAUAAAGAGUUUAUAUUCUCUUGUCCUCGUAUCACAUAGCAAAAACAACAAAAUAAAACAAAUAGAAUCGCCCCCUUCCCUCUACGCUCUUUCCAUGUUUUUCUCUAUUACAAUAUGUAUUAUUAUAGUUAAUAACUGAGUGACUAAAUAUGCUUCUUGAGAACAAUCGUGUUUAAAAAGAAAAUGUGGGAGUACGGUAUCCCUUUACAAACUUUUAGGCAACCAGCGCUUAACAUGAAUGGCCUUCGAUGAGUUCCAUAAGAAGAAGUUGAAAUCUAACCAAAGUGGCCGCCAUGACUGUCACAUUUUUAUGAUAGUAGAAAUGGGGAUAUAUUUGAUGGUAGAUAAUGGUACAGAUAAUUGAUCUCCACAUAACUGAUGGAGAGAUCAUAAUUGUAUAAGACGUUUACCCACGUGACUGGCAGCUCAUCUGGCUCCGGUAAAAUUUGAUUCUGUUUCUAUUCCGCAGGUGGAGGUGGUGGUAUCGGGCCUGCGUGUAAGGAUAGCAGCAAGUACUGUCCAAUGUUCGCUUCACAAUGCUCGACUAACGCUUACGUAAGAAUUAAAUGCAAGAAGACAUGUCGAUUGUGCUGAACAUAUAAAAUCGGGCCUCAGGUUAGUUACCACUACAAAGAGUUGUUUACUUGGCCCUCGCAAGAACAAGACGAUAAACAACCAAAAUUUUAUUUGAAUUAAAAUAAAAUGGAUGAACCCUUUGUUUAUUUUGCUGUGUUUCAAAGUUAUCAAACUACUUUUCCUCCAAAGGGUAGCAAGUCAGGAGGAGAGAACAAUUAUGGGUUAUCCUUGUUUUAUACGCUUGUAUGGGACACGUGACUUUAUCCAAGAUAGAAGUUUCAAAUUAAAAAAAAAUUAAAAAAUUAAUGGGUUAUCCAUAUUUUUUACGAUGUUGAAAGACACGUGAUUUUAUCUGAGAUGGUGAAUUUUCUCUAGGUGAUCAUUAAUUCGCCCAUUAAAUUCACUUUCAACCGUUGCAAACCCCAUUUUCCAUCAAAUAACCGUUGUAAACUGUUGUUUAAUUUAUCCUAUUACCUCUAUACGUUAUCUCGCAAUUUAAUAGAUAUCCAAAAGUGGAGAGCUGUUUCGACAUAGUUAGGUUCUGUCUAGAUGAGCAAAAAGUUAAAAUGUCUGACUCCGAACAGACCACCGCCUUAUAUCCUAAUACGAUAAAGUAGGAUUUAUUUACAACUGAUAUUCGUUUUCAUUUUCUUACUUUACAGGUUUUAGGACUUGAUAAAUCAAUUGCUAUUGUGGGGUUGAAAAUAACA